AUGGCACAAGCCCAGGCGAAGAGCCUAUUUGAUCUUCUGGAAGAUGCAGGCACAUGGGACAGAAGUAAAUAUGGGAAAACCAUCACGUUUUGUGACACCGAAACCCAGAAUCAUGUUCGUGACAUGCUCGGAUUCUAUGCCAGAGAGAAAGGCCCGAAUGACUUGGACAAGGCUCGCGAAGCACUGGCAGAGACGCGGCAACACAGGAGGACAUCCGUGACGAGCCUAUCCACUUUCAACCUGAUGGGACUCCGGUCUGCUGCUCCUGCAGGCAUCGAGAACAUGGUAGAAAUGGAGAAGAUAUCGAGAGACUACUGGACCCGCGGGACCACGGAUCCCAUCGUUGAUUACCUGGGCAUGAUGAACCUGCUUUCAGCCACUUCCAAAGUGCUGUCAGACUCGCCUUUUGCAUCCAUUCAUACAGAAAUGAUGGUCCCCAUGGGAGGAUCAAACGAGAAUACAGUUCACAACCUGCUCUGCGGGGACCUCAUCAGCGUUGCCGCUCUGUUUCGAUUGGCACCUGUUGAAUUCAGCACAAACAGCGCCACCAAUCCCCGUGAAGAGAAUUUGAUCUCUGGCAAUCCGUUCCCAAACCAGGCGGCACGCCAGGAGGCGAAUGCCAAGUCUUCAUUCUCCGCCUGGAAAAUAACAUGGAAGCGACCUCCUAAACAUGGGUUUGGAAUUCCGAGUGCGCCAAUCACAUUCAGCGACGAUGAUCUAGCAAGCAUGCUGUUUUCCAUCUAUCUAAACAUGUUCAGAGAAGAGAGUCUAAAGAUUACCCUGGACCGUAUUAUCCUGAACAGAAUGGCACAACCUCGCUACAGUCGGGCUACUUUUGCAGCCUUUUUAUCCGUUGUCAGAGAGACCACCCUUGUCGACUGGGAGGCCACCAUGGCCCGUUUUCUAUUCCUGCUCGCAAAAGAUUGCACACUGAUGCUGGCGGGUAAUUUCUCGCAAGAGGCCAUUAUACACCUACAUGCUUUCAAUGUCUAUAUCUUCCCCGAGCUGAAGAACUCUCCCGAUCACCGAAAUCAAGAGGUUCUCUCAAGAAAUAUCCCCUUACAGAGCUGGAACGCCCCACCCACAGCCGUGUACAUAACCAUGGAAAUUCCGAGGUCGUGUCUAGAAUAUUUUACACAAGCGAACCGCAGAGACAUACCCCACGUGCUGCAAUGUGCCGUUCAAUCCCCUUCUCGCCAUUGGCGUCAUGAUUUUUGUGCUCUUCAAGUUGGAUUCGGAAAACUGACGGCUUUUGAUGAGAGAACGGAUGACACUUAUGAGCUUCAUGUCGCCCAUGACCGCCUUGGUUGGGAUGGAAAUUCUCCCCUGAUUGUUUCUUUCAUGGUACCGACAUGGGUCCUCUUGCAGGAGCAUCUCGACACCUGCGUCAUGUUCUACAUCCGCACUACUGUUGCAACACUCGACUCGGCAAAACACCUUGGCCCAGAUCUCAAUCUGUUCUCUACAAAGCUCGGCGAUAAGCGCAUCCACAUUUCUCGCAACCCUCCGAAUCAAUCUGGACCGGCAAUUAUACACCAUGACCAUCACAGUGGCCGAGAAAAGAGUACAAUGGGGCGAGAAAACUACCUUGUCUCGAAAUCUGUGUUUGCAAAGACGAACGGAAAAUCGAAAAUAGAAAGCGUGACGACCCGACUGGAGUUUUCUUCCAACAUCCGUGUUUCUUCCCUCUCUACUAACGGGUCUGACAGCAUCCAGUCCCUCUCUCCAUGGAAUAUGAUGCUUACUCUAAGUACGGGAGAACAGGUGCCAUUGGAUCUGCCCGUCCCUGUGGACCAGUCAUCUGUCCAGGUGCUUAUCCCCAAGGACCACAAUUUCGUUCAAGUGCAAGGCAGUGUUUCUACGGAAACAUCUUGGACAAGAUCGCCUUCUCCCGUCGUUUUGUACAACGGCACGCCCGUCAGCUGGAACACAUCGCACCUAAACAUGGACAUUCUGCCGUCUAUACAAACCGAAAAGAAGCUGAUCUGGCUACAACCACACUUGGAAAGCAUGUUUACGGGGCGCGAGAAGAACUUGCUGGCGCACAAGGAGGAGGCGGCUGAAGGAGAACGAGGGAGGAUCGAUCUGAAACAGUCAUUGCUGAUUCUAUUCUCCAAGUUUACGGAGUACAGGAUGUCGGGGAAACCCCUCCUGUUUCUCUUAACAGCUGAAGAGCAGGGGGACGUAAAGUUUCUGGUGUUCCCAUCGAAGCUACGCAUGGAUCUCUCGGGACGUUCCGUCCUCCUUGACAUUGCUGUACUGCCGUUUUACGAAGCCCCAAACGAUAAAUCUUCCAAUGUGUGCUUUAGCAAUGUCGACCUCUUGAACGAGACAAAGGAUGAUAUGUACGAGAUUCGGUUGAGUCCGAAUGAACUGCUGCUGUGGAGGAUGAUGCUUCCGUCUUGGAUCGAACGGUGCAGGACGUGGAAGCACCGCCCUACAUGCGAAUAUAGGAGUGCAGGAAGGGUACCGAUUCAAUUGCUACCGGAUUCCGAGUCUGUGUGUUCAUGUGGGCGGGGCCACUUCCCAAAGAAUUAUUUUCAAGGACGGCCACAAUGGAAUUCCGCCGCACAGUUUGCGUCUCGUGCUGCCAUAUCGCCCCUGUUUCCUUCCCGCCUGGUCGGUAAUGCGUAUCAUGGUUCUUCUUCUGCUUCUGCCUCUGUCUUGACAAGGAUUGUCCGGAAAAUAAAGACCAUUGUGCGUUAA